AUGACACAAGAUUCAACAAAGCUCGACGACAAGCGCUUAUAUAUCGGGAAUCUGGAUGCUGCAGUUGACGAAUACACAAUAGUAAAAUUGUUUGAGCCAUAUGGAAAGAUCACACAUCUCGACUACUUAUUUCAUAAAAGUGGUCCUCGUCGAGGUCAACCUCGAGGGUACUGUUUUUUAGAAUACAGUCGCAAAGAGGAAGCUUUGAAAGCCAUGACAGCUAUGCAUUCAAAGGUUAUCAAAGGUCGCCCCUUGAUUGUAACCUUUGCAUAUGCGACAUCUCAUAACAAUGAAGACGGUCAACUUGGAUCCUCAAAUAAACGAACAACAAUCGCCAACAACCGUCCAACUACCAUAUCACUACUAAAAGCAAACAAGAUGCUUCAUGCUAGCACUAACGCAAAGAUCCAAGCACUUGAACGUAAGCUUGCUCAAAUGCAACAACAGAAACCGAAAGAGCUGAGCGAAUCCAAGAACUCGUCAAAACUUUCGGAAAAAGAAGAAAAAAUUCAUCAUUUUUCCAAUAAUCGGCCGGCUUCGAUGAAAAUGUCAGCGGUAGAUGACCAUGCUUCGCAGUCGUCAACCCGAGCGUCGAGGAGCCGUUCUGACGCGGAGGUAAAAGAUAGCGGACAGAGAUAUCGGCCAUACUCUGUUCCAAGAAAGAAACAUGAAUAA